AUCAUCAACGUUGUCGUGGUCAUCGUCGUUGUCAGUCGCGCCGCUGCGCGGUCGCUUAUUCCGUUUACAUAAAUGGAAAGCCGACGCUGCCCUCUCGCAUCAUUCCCUUGUGAUCUUCUCCAAGUUCACGUGUUACCUAAAGAGCAUACGCAUCGAGGAAGACAGAUGAGCAUGAGAACGCUUCGGGAAGAUCAGUGACAAAGAAAGAGAGAUAAAAAAAAAACAGAGAGAGGAUCAUCCUCGAGCAAAGGGGACGGUGCGAUCGGUAGUACAUAAUGCUAGUCUGUCUCUCUCGUCGCAUCGGCAUUGCUCACCCACCCUCCUUACCCACCCACUCACUUACCCCACCUCAUCUCCCUCCCUCGCCCUUUCUCUUUCUCUCUCUCUCUAUUCCGAUCUCUGUCUGCCUAACACCUUUUCGAUCCCUCUCGCUCCCUUCUCCCUCGCUCUUGCGCAUUCUCUGUCUCUCUUUCUCCCUCUUUGCUCCGUCACUUCUCUCGCGCAGUCGUUUUCCUCCUUGGAACUCUGGCGCGUCGCGAAACGUCGAGGGACCGUCGUCCUUGCGUACACUCUCGCGUACGCGACUCGCGGUCGUGGAGGCGCACCGAGAGACGACGGAAUUUACGUGUCAUGCCCCACCACGCCGGCCUUCUGUGGAUUUUCGCAUAGAGCAAGGUAACAGCGUGUGAGAUAAAGUCGCAAGCACUGUCAAUUACUUAAUACCAAGAAGGUGACGACUUUGCAUACCGUAACACUUAGGUAAAUAUUCGUGAUUUGCUAGUCUUGUGACAUUCACAAGAUCGGCAAGCAGGAUGUCAGUAUUGAAUCAAAGCGGCGAUGAUGCGGUGGAGUGCCCGUUGUGUAUGGAACCGCUGGAGGUGGACGAUCUGAAUUUCUUCCCCUGCACCUGCGGAUAUCAGAUAUGCCGUUUUUGUUGGCACAGAAUUCGUACCGACGAGAACGGCCUGUGUCCCGCUUGUCGGAAGGCCUAUUCUGAAAAUCCGGCUGAUUUUAAACCCCUUACCAAGGAAGAAUUGUCAAGGAUAAAAGCUGAAAAAAGGCUGAAAGAUCAACAACGGAAGCAGAAAGUUAUGGAAAAUCGGAAACAUCUAGCAAACGUGAGAGUAGUACAAAAAAAUUUAGUGUUUGUAGUAGGAUUACCAUUGCGACUGGCAGAUUCGGAUGUUUUAAAGAGACACGAUUAUUUUGGAAAAUUUGGGAAGAUACACAAAGUCGUAAUUAACCAGAGUACUUCCUACGCAGGGUCUCAAGGCCCCAGUGCUUCGGCUUAUGUUACUUACCAACGUCAAGAGGAUGCGCUACGUGCUAUAGAGGCUGUGAAUAACAUUAUUAUGGACGGACGGACAAUAAAGACAUCAUUGGGAACGACAAAGUACUGUUCGCACUUUAUGCGUAACCAAGCUUGUCCGAAGCCGGAUUGCAUGUACCUGCACGAUCUUGGGGACCAGGAGGCGUCGUUCACGAAAGAAGAGAUGCAUAUGGGAAAACACCAGGAGUACGAGCGCAAGCUUGUGCAAUCGUUACAUGCACAUGCAUCUUCAGUGCAACGGAAACCGACACCGUCACCACCUGUAACUAGCAGUAUUGUUAGAGAAAGUGGAACUGUAAGUUCACAGACUAAAGAGGCAUGGCCGUCGUUGCAACCGGGACUGACGAAUAACACACAAACCAGUUGUAAGGAAGUAUCACCACCUGUGCAAACAGCCUCGCAACACAGCAACAACGUAGGGAACGCGAGUGGCGGUGCGUUAGUUCAACAGGGUCACAUCUCCGCCGGGGUUGUGACCGCGCAACAUCAACAGAAUAACAACAAUAAGGGUGAAAGUGGUGUUGUCGCUAUACGACGGGGUAAAAGUAACAGCGAGAGCAAGGCGCAGGCAGCUCGGAAUAAACACAAAAAUUGUCAAAACAAGGAGAAGCACGGUAGUACUCGUACGGCGUUGCGAUCCGAAUCGAGCUCGGCCAACGCAACGCAAAACAAUAGUUCGCAGUCGCAAAUUAACGGGCAAAAGGACAUAAGAAACUUUUCCGCCGAUACGAACAGUGAAAUAUUGCAAAAAUUGGGUAACAAGUGUAAAUUAGAGCACCAACAGCAGCAGCAGCAACAACAACAGUCACAACAACAACAACAAACUAGCAAAACAUCAAAAUUAGUUCAACAGUCGCAGUCGCACGAAGUUAAAAUAAAUGGUGUGUUACAAAACGGGGAGCGUCGGCAUUCGGACUGUGAAACGGAUCAUCAGCGCGAAGGUAGUACACCAGCUAGCACGAUCUCGAGUACGGAAGAUUCGAAUCUAAAUCAUCAAGCCGAACAUUUGGCUGAAUCGAGCGAGGAAAACAAUGGCGCUGUUCUUUUGGGUUCGUCUCCAGCUAGCACAAAUUCGUCACAAGGUGCCAAUCAGCAGCCACCACCAGGACUACACAAUGGAUCUCAAAUGCAACACAACCACCGAUCGAUCUUUCAGGCGGACAAUAACAGUUUCUUCAGUUCGAAUAGCUUUCAGAAAAUCUCUACCACCAGCUCAAUGCCACCCAACUCCCUCGCAGCGAACGCGCAUCUGGAUUGGACGAGCACGGGAGUGGCUGCGAUACCAGACUCGUUGCCGUCAGUCCAUUCCAGUGAAGAUUGGCAAGCGGCUUUCGGUUUCCAGACCGAAUCUACCCGAGCCAACCAUAUUUUGCCGAAAUCCAGCCCCUCUGAUUCACCCAGAGUAACGUUCAAUUCUGAAGGUUUUGUAGAUGAGGAAGUUUACAUACCUGCACCGUAUACCGCCACGCUCACAGAACCGUCUGGUACCUUCACUAAUUUGCUCGCAAAUUCACCCGCGUCUAAAUUCAUGGCAGACUUUCAACAAAAUUCGCUACAGCAAAGGCUUAAUAUGCAGGCGCAACAAAAUCAAGAGAAUUGCGAAUACAUAAAGCAAAAUGGACACGCCACGUUAGAGGAGGUUCGGAAUCAUCGUGAUACGGGUUCAGAUGUGAAAGCGGACGAUGAUCUAGGCUUCGAUCCUUUCCACGAGACGCAGAAGGCAUUAGCCGAACUUAUGGAGAACGAGAUGCAGAUACAACAGCAGAGGAUAUUCCAGCAGCAGCAACAGCAGCAACAACAACAGCAGCAGCAGCAACAACAACAACAGAGAGAACGAGAAGAACAAAAUAGGGUGCAACACCAACAGACCUUUGCGGGACUUAAUCAGCAACACUUUCCACAAGUUGCGCACAUAGCACACUUGCAGCAACAAGCCCAGCACUUGCAAAACCUACAAGUGCUUCAGUCGCAUUCCCUCCUGUCUCGUCUUCCACAGAACCUGUUACAAAGCGGCGGUGCGCAGAGUCCUGCACAAGGCACAGUUACAGCUGCCAGUCUCGGUCAACGUAGUCGCCUUCCACCACCGGGUUUCCCUGGAUCCACGCCAAAUCACAUGAACUCAUUCGGUCUCGGUAUACCACGACCAGCUCCAACGAAUAGCACACUCUCGGGAGCACAGCCACCACAGCAGAGCGCAUACCUUCCUAAUGGAAACCCACUCAUCAACACACAAAGUAUCGGCAAGUGCGCGGGUGACACAGUGUAUACCUUGAAAGAUUGGUGCGAUAUCAACAAUCAACAGCAACAGCAGCAGUUCCACCACCAGACGCUGCACCAGAAAGGAGGUUGGAACAAUUUCGGACCGAUCGCCGACUGGACUUCGAUUGAUCCGGCCAUAGUUAGUUCGUCUAGACCUCUUCCAUUCCAGACUACUAGCACAUGGCAGUUUUCUCAUAUUCAUCCUUCUCACACCGUAGCUCACAAUGCGCAACAGGAACAGAACGCACCCGCUCAGCAUUGGGCGAUGCAACCACCUCCCGGCUUCGCUGCACCUACGACCACGGGACAACUGAAUAAUCCGCCGCCGAGCACAACCGCACAGCCGCACACGAAACUCAUCUCCACCGGCUCGGAAAUCGAGAGUAAGUUGGUCGCGAUAAAGCUCCGUGCAAACUGAAAAUACCAUUACAAUGCUGCCGCGGUAUCGAAAUAUACAGGGCGUCUAUGAUAUUGCAGACCUAUAAGUCUUAUGCGAGGCGAACGAGUGGCGUCAUAAUUGUGUUUCUCCGGACGUGGCAAGAUCAAAUAUCCAGCUAAUGAAUGAAAAUGAAAAACGAAAGAAAAAUGAACGAAUGAAAGAUACAAAACGAUAGAGCGACAGUCAAUAACGUACGUUUUCCUCCAACACAUGUCUAUGUCUCACGUUUUUAUUCUUAAUCCAUUUAUUUGAGUUUACUCUCGACUCUGAGACGAAAAAUGUCGGAAUAUGAGUUCGCGCAUAUGAAAUGUAACAAAAUACUUUAUGCGUCAAUACAUAAACUUCUCACAAUACUUCUCCGAACUGUAGCAAAAUUUAUUCGUUUAGUUUAAAAGUGUUCUGGCUCCAACAUUGUAACGAGAAGCGGAGCUUCCGUAUAGGUUUCUGAGAGAUGCAUUAAAGAAAACACGACAGCCAAUAGUCUCUCGAUGAAAAAAAAUGACUGAAACUUCGUUUCGUUCGAAUGUUUAUUGUUAGAAUUCCGUUUUUGUUGUAACGCGUUAGGACGAAAUAGUGUCUUUCGUCUGCAAAUUUGAGAUUAAAAAAUAUAAAAAGAGAAAUAAAUUCAGUUGUAAACGAACGUAACGAAACUUCGGUAUGUGUUGGUCGUUUAUUAUUUAAAGGUGAUGAAAAAUCCGUUUUAAAUUUAGAUAAAACCUAAUUAAUUGGAAAGCUUCAUCGUUAAACCAAGACUGUUACCUUUCCCUAUCCGAUAAUACGAUACGCCGUAAAUCACGGUAUACUUAUUUGUGCUAUUUUACAAUAGUACGUCCGCCUUGCGAAUGCAAGAUUGCAACGCAACUGAGGAAUUUGAAACUUAAGAUUUUAUGCGUUUUAUGUGCGAUAAUUUUAAACAGUCAGAAUUCUUUUAUCCCUGAUUUUAAUACGAUACGCCAAAUAAUGUUAUAUACUGCGAUGGGAAAAAAAGGUGGCGUGUUUUAUCAGUUCUGCGCACAUUAUUUUUCCCCAUCGUCAUCGUUAUAUCGUAUCGCGACACCUUCUGACUAAUACGCUAUUAAGGGCUUACAGGACUAAUAAGUGUAAAAAUUAGAUAAAAUUUAUGAAACUGUAAAAAGUUGUAAAUUAAUAGAAAUAUGACUUUUUUUAUUACGUAUGUCUAUUAACAAUAUCUUGAUAUAAAAAUAUUAAAUUUUAUGGUAAAUAUUAACACAUCAUUGUUUCCAAUUCUACUCUGCAAAAGAAUCAUGCUUCAAUCAUCUUGGCCUCAACAGGAGUAAUCUAGAAUCAGUAUCAAUAUAUUUAUUUUAUUCAUCAAAACUAUAGUUAUUAAUUCAUAAAGUGGGCUUUGAAAAAACAAUAUUUCGCAAAAUGAAAGUUAUAAAAAAUCAAAUUUAAUUCUUUUUUACUGAAAAAUUCGAAAAUACAUAAAUGAAAAAUAGUUUUAAAAUUUGCGGAGAUUCUCCGUGUCAACCGAAAACUAUAUUUUAUUGAAUAAAAAACAUAUAUACAUAUUAAUAUUGAUUUAAGAUUAUUCCUAUCACUCCUAUUGAGAAACCAGAUCACUCCAAGUCGAUUACUGUUGUUGAAGCAUGAUUCUUUCGCAGAACAGAAUUUAAAUAAACACAGUGACGUUAAUAUUCAUCAUAAAAUUUAAUUUUUUAUACCAAGAUAUUGUUAAUAAAUAUACGUAAUAAGAAAUUCAUACCUCUAUUAAUUUUUCAACUUUACAACUCACAAAUUUUACCAAAUUUUUAUUCCUGUCAGAGUUCUGUAGCCCAUAGCGAACAGAGAUUAGUUUAAGAUUUCGUCAACUUGGUUUCGAUAAUUGUUUCGUCGAAGAUAUCGAAUUGUAUCAUGAAUCAUAAAUGGAUCGAGCGGAACAGAUCGAAUCGGAUUUUAAAAGACUUGUGUAUUCACAUUACGAGGGAAUAGUGAUAUUUCUCCGAUCUCUCUCGACAAGGCUAUCGAUGUUGUACGUCUAAGGGAAACUACGGACGGCUGUCCGACGUAUUAACACAGCCUCACACGUAUACACAAGCGUAGCCACGCAUAUACACAUACACACACCCGAAGACACACACACACACACAUACACAUACGUUCACAUGUGACCAUGUAUUUUACUUACGCGAAUCGAAACGAAAAAGAAAAAAAUAACAGACUGGGAAUAUUAACACGAUGUGUACGAUAAAAUGCGAGAAACGUCUAAGCGAUGUACCACGAUGUACAUACCACGGCGCGUUGUGUCGAACGGAGUUAUUCCCGUGGCGGAUCAUUUGAUCAUUGAUCGUGUCUGCUGUUUUAUGAACGGAAUAACGAAUGAACACGUCACAUAUAUAAGAGAAUAAAUAAGAUAAUAAAACUAUAAUUAUAAAAUUUAAUUCUCUCAGUAAGGUAAUCGAGAAAUAUAUAAUAAUGCGCAAAGAA